AUACAAAACCUCAAUCCUCCUACUAACAAUACACAAACUCUUGAACUCUUUCUCGACAAUGACUUUCUCAAAAACAAUAAUACCUUUCUUGAGGAAGAAUCUAACAAUGAACUAAUUCCAUCCCCCAACCUAUAUAAUCAAAGAUUUUCUACUAGA